ACACACUUUCACUGUCGGAAAACCCCGGAAUGUGCUAAAAUUCAACUGGGACUGUCUUGUGAAUUUAUGCCAAAUUGUUUUGAUCAGGUGGGUCUGUGAGUUUAUGCCAAAUUGUUAAUCUGUACAAAUGGGGGUUAUGUCGAGACGGGUUGUGCCCGCCUGCGCUAAUCUAUGUUUCUUCUGUCCUUCGAUGCGGGCGAGAUCAAGACAGCCCGUGAAACGGUACAAGAAGUUGCUCGCCGAUAUAUUGAAGGAUGCCGAACCAAGCGAUAGGAAGAUUGGGAAACUUUGUGAAUAUGCUUCUAAGAACCCAUUGCGCAUCCCCAAGAUUAGCGAUUAUCUUGAGCAGAGAUGUUACAAGGAUUUACGGAGUGAGAAUUUUGGAUCGCUGAAAGUUGUGUUGUGCAUUUAUAGGAAAUUGCUAUCGUCAUGUAAGGAGCAUAUGCCACUAUUCGCCAGUAGUUUAUUAGGGAUUGUCCGGACUCUUUUAGAACAAACUGAACAGUACCAAAUGCAGAUUUCAGGUUGCAAUACUCUUGUUGAGUUUAUAAAUAGCCAGAUGGACAGUACAUACAUGUUCAACUUAGAGGGCCUCAUUCCCAAACUUUGUCAAUUGGCUCAAGAAGUUGGAAAAUGUGAAAGAGAUUUACGGUUACGUUCAGCAGGACUGCAGGCUUUGGCUUUUAUGGUGUCGUUCAUUGGUGAGCACUCCCACAUCUCAAUGGACAUGGACAAUAUCAUAUCAGUGACCUUGGGGAACUACAUGGAUCUCCAAAUUAUCUCCAAGAAUUCAGAGGAAGAUGGACCAUCUCCCGAAUCCGAGCACCAGUGGGUUCAAGGAGUAGUUGAAGCAGAGGAACAUGGCUCAUCUUUACGCAAUGUUGGUAAGAAAGUUCCUGUGUUGCUGAACCACAUGACUAACCCUCAUUUGGACCCUACAAUGGAUACCUCCAAAAGUCCAGCUUAUUGGUCAAGGGUUUGCUUGUGUAAUAUGGCCAGAUUAGCGAAGGAAGCCACGACAGUUCGGCGUGUGCUUGAACCCCUUUUUCAUAGUUUUGAUGAUGAUAACCAUUGGUCACCAGAGAAAGGAGUUGCCUCUUCUGUUUUGAUGUAUUUCCAGUCAGUUCUGGAGGAAUCAGGAGAUAACUCCCAUCUCUUAUUGUCUAUCCUGAUCAAUCGCUUGGAUCAUAAGGAUGUUGUCAAACAACCUCGCAUGCAAAUAAACAUUGUUAAUGUCACCACACAACUCGCAAAAAAAGCAAAGAAGCAGGCCUCGGUUGCAAUCAUUGGUGCAAUAUCCGACUUGAUCAAACAUUUACGAAAGUGCCUGCAAAAUUUAGCUGAAGUAUCCUGCCCCAGAGAUGGAACAGAUAACUGGAAUACUGAUCUUCGUUUGGCUCUAGAAAAAUGCAUUUCACAGCUGUCAAUUAAGGCCGGAGAUGCGGGACCCAUUCUUGAUAUGAUGGCUGUCGUUCUUGAGAAUCUCCCAACAAAUGCUGUUGUGGCUCGAACAACAAUCUCUGCUGUCCUUCAAACUGCAAAGAUUAUCUCUUCCAUCCCUAAUGUGUCAUAUCACCAGAAGGCAUUUCCUGAAGCUUUGUUUCAUCAACUGCUCCUAGCAAUGGCCCACUCAGACCCUGAAACACAAGUUGUGGCGCACAAUAUUUUCUCAGUGGUGCUUAUGCCAUCCCUUCUUUGUCCUUGGUUAGACCCAAAUGCCAAAACUUCACAAGAAGUUCCUAGGUUUUCGUCUUUUGUUACACUGCAGAAGGAAAGAAGUGGAAGCUUUUCCAUUCAGGAUGAAGGUAAAGACACCAUGGAAACCAAGAAUGUUGGUCUGAGAGAGGAAGUAAGUCAAAUCUCGGGUGUAUGUUUGAAACAAUCUGGAAUUGAUCUCUCAUGUGAUCAGUCCUUCAGCUUUAAGCUUUCUUUGACUGGUGGAAACACAGAGCUUUGUAGCAUUUGGUUGAGCAGUCACCAAGUCAGUCUUUUGCUUUCAUCAAUAUGGGUUCAGGCAACAUCUGCAGAAAAUACCCCGACAAAUUUCAUGGGGAUGGCCCAAACUUGUAACAUUGUUUUGCUUUUUGCCCGAUCUAAGACCUCCAGUCAUGCAGCUCUAGUAAGAUGUUUCCAGCUUGCAUUCUCCCUCAGAAGCAUCUCUCUGGAUCAAGAAGGAGGCUUACAUCCAUCUCGCAGAAGGUCGCUCUUUACCUUGGCGUCAUCUAUGCUUAUAUUUUCAGCCAGGGCAGCAAGUUUCCUGGAGCUAAUUCCCAUUGUUAAAGAAUCUUUGACAGAUGAAACAGUUGAUCCUUACCUUGAAUUGUUCAACAAUAUCCGAUUACAAUCUGUCUCUAUAGAAUCUGAUAAGGAGAAGAUAUCAUAUGGAUCACAGGAAGAUGAAGCUUCUGCAUUGAAAUCUCUCUCAUUCAUAGAAUUAGAUGACCAAAAGUUGAAAGAAACUGUGAUGUCACACUUCAUGUCUAAAUCUGCAAAAUUGACAGAGGAUGAGUUGUCAAGUAUAAAGAAUCAACUCUCAGAUGGAUUUUCUCCUGAUGAUGCUUAUCCCUUAGGACCUCCUUUGUUUAUGGAGACACCACAGCCUUCUUCUCCUCAUGCCCAGUUGGAGUUUCCGUAUUUUGAUGAGGCAGCUGGAGCCUUGACAGAUGAAGAAGCCUUUCCUGAACCAAGUGGGAGUCAGUCAGGGCGCAAAACAUCACUCUCCAUCAAUACUAUCAGCAUUAUUGGUGUUACUCAGCUUUUGGAGUCAGUUUUGGAGACAGCUCGACAAGUUGCUAGCGUCCCAGUUUCCUCAACACCCAUACCUUAUGACCAAAUUAAGAGCCAGUGUGAAGCCCUUGUAUCCGGGAAACAGCAGAAGAUGUCAGUGCUUCAUAGUUUCAAGCAUCAAAAAGAGUCCAAGGCAAUAGUUCUGUCUGAUGAAAAUGAAAAGAAAUGCCACAUCUUCUCAUCUAGGACUAGGGAGUGUUCAGAUGGGGAUCUAAUGUUGAUGAAUAAGGAGCCAGUUCGAGGACAUGAUCAGCUUCUCCCCUGUUCACUGGACUAUCAACAAAAUUCUUUCAGAUUACCGCCUUCCAGCCCCUAUGACAAAUUCUUGAAAGCAGCUGGAUGCUAACAGAAAUAUGUUCUCCCAAACUUGCGAAAAUGAUGAAACAAGCCAAGAAGUACUGUAAUGGAGAAACUAAGUGGCCUUUUGCACAAACAUAUUUGGAUAUUUGGCUAGAGUUGUUAAUAUUAAACAAUAUGCUUACCUCCUUCGGCCUCUAUGUAAUACAGAGAGAUUAUGACAUGUAAGUAAUAUGCAAGACCUUUUACAAAGAAUUUCUUUUAAAUAUGUU